AUGCACUGGCAGCAAGUGAAGACGCUCCUUAAUACUGUGCAGGCUCUUAUAGUAUCCGAAAAUAAUUCCGGUGAGAAUCUGUCGUCGGCGACUGCUGCGCUUAUGUCACAACCACCCCCUCCUCAUUUUUGCAGCACUGUUGUAAGGCUGAUCGCAUUGCAAGUCAUUAAUACAGGGGAUAGUUAUUCGUUGGAACAAAUGUGUGGCGGCAGUGCGAUAUUCCAAACUGCUGAAAAGACUGAAAACAUGCUUAUGAACUUAUUCAUGCCACUUUGUCUACGUGUUGGAAGCGGCAGAAAAGACGUACCACCUCUUCGGCAAUCCGAUGUCAGCUAUCUAGUAUCCGUAGUUCUAAACGCUCUAUGUCCACCAGCUCCUCCAGGUCAAUUAGCUGCUGUUAAUGCUAAACUAAACGCAGCUGAUGCUAGAGCUAACUCUCUCACCUUUACAGGUAGUAGAGACACCAGAAAUACCACGAGACUCUCCAAUCAACUUUAUCGGAUCGCGUUUCUAGCAUUAAAAGUGAUGUGCGCCUGCUUCACGAGUGAGUUAUGUUCCGAGUGGGGUCGCAUAGCGAGGGCUAUGCGUGAUCUGGGCCGUCGUAAUGAAGCCGCCCAUCACUUGUGGGACUUCCUAGAACACUGUGUCACGUAUAGGACUCCGCUCUAUAUAUUACUGCAGCCAUUCAUUGUGCACAAGUUAUCACAACCACCCAUUGGUGACAAUGAGCGACACAUGCAAUUCGUAGUAAGAGAACGUGUACGCGGACUAAAGUUACCAGCGGCGCGAGCUCGCGGUGCCCUUCUAGCAGAAUUAGCACGCGAACUUCGUACAAUGAGAGAUACUCAUGACCAGUAUAAAUUCGAACAAAUAGCCGAAAAUCUCGGCCAAGGCGGUGGUAAACGUGCAUCAGAAGUGUUUCCGCGCACGACAGCUGCGCCCGAGAAACAUCAGCAACAUCGGCCGUCGCUCAUAUCGAUGCUAGUGGGACGAGCCGGGGCUUUGCCCAGAACACCUGACCAUCCAUCUGCACCAUUAUCAGCACAAAGAGAAUCGGUAUCAAGUGGAUCCACGACGAGUCAGCACAUGCAAGCGUUCGACGUGACCGGUAGUGGACGACUCAGCGACAACAGCAAUAACCACGGCAGUAACACUUCGCAUAUGGGUUCCAAUAAUUGCGGCAGCGAUACUAAACCUGCGGCAAGUACCCCAUCCUUUGGAAGUACACAAACUAAGCUGCGCUUCGUUCCAUCUGUGGAGUUUAAGUUGACGUCAGGUGAAACGUCAAUGUCACCUCUGUCACCUCUAUCGCCGCGUGACGUCAGAGACUGCUGCGAGGGCGAAGCCGCCGCCCUCGUAGGUGACGCGGAGCCCGACAGUACAGAUAACAAUGAAAGACCACGGCUUCAACGAGCCCACGGACCCUCCAAGAAAACCUUCAAAUUUCGAAGAAGCAGGAACACUAAGCCUGACGUGUCGCACGUACGUCUUGAAUCAGACGAGUGCUCAUCGCCCGGCGCGGACAGCACUCCUCUGAGACGUCCGUGGCCACAAACACCCCUCCUCUUGCCUAGCAACAUCCACACUGACACGUCAUACGACAGCGAAAUAUCGCAGACCUCCUCCACAUCUGGAUACAGGGAAAGCUACAGUCUCCAGGCGUCGAUGACAGAAUCGCCCGGUGGUUCGUUACGCGCCGCGCUCGCGUCACCCGACGGCGGCGACCAGAGCGCAACGCCGCGCGCCAGCCCCGACGCAUCUCUAAGCUACGAAUCGGGCACAUCAUCUGCAGAGAGAACUGCUCUUCUAGGUGCCGCCAGUCAACGUUCUCUUUUACUCAGCAGCGACUUAAGAGAUGAAGACACUCUACUAUGA